AUGCGCUUUCAGGUGGAGGAGCUGGAGGUGCAGUUCCCGUACCCGCGCAUCUAUCCUGAGCAGUACGCCUACAUGGUCGAGCUCAAGCGCUCGCUCGACGCGCGAGGCCACUCGAUGCUCGAGAUGCCUACCGGGACCGGCAAGACCAUCACGCUCCUCUCGCUCAUCACGUCGUACCAGCGGGCGCACCCCGCGAUGGGCAAACUGCUCUACUGCACGCGCACGAUCCCAGAGAUGGAGAAGGUGCUCGAGGAGCUCAAGGUGCUCGAGGCGCACCGCGACGAGCUCUUCGGCCAAGACCGCAAGGACAAGCUCUUCGCCGUCGGUCUCACCUCGCGCCGCAACCUGCGCGUGCCUCCCAAAGCCCUCAGCCCUCAGCCCUCGGCCCUCGGCCCAGCCCUCAGCCCACGCCCAGUCGGAGCCCGCCCCUGCCUUGACUGCUCCUCCGCGGAGCAGGUGCGCGAGCUGUGCUCGUACUACGAGGCGCUGGAGGCACAGGGCAGCGACGCGGCUCUCCCAGCGGCGGUGUACACGCUCGAGGAGCUCAAGGAGCUCGGGCGUGGCAAGGGCUGGUGCCCGUACUUCCUCGCGAGGCACGUGAUCUCGUUCGCAAACGUGGUGGUGUACAACUACCAGUACCUCCUCGACCCGAAGAUCUCUCAGCUCGUCUCGCGCUCGAUGCAGCGCGAGUGCGUCGUCGCGCACAACAUCGACAACAUCUGCAUCGAGGUCAUGUCGAUCAACUUUCGGAUGCCCACACUCGAGGCCUCCCCAGACACUUCCGAGACACUUCCCACACCCUUCCUAGACAGCGUGCGCUCCCCGAGAGGCGGUGCACCACCGCACAGGUACCAGCGCCUCGUGCACGGCCUCGCAAACAGCGGCGCACUCAACGCAAGCGACGAGCUCGCUGCGAACCCGCUGCUGCCGCAGGACAUCCUCCUGCAGGCCGUGCCGGGCAACUUGCGCCGCGCGGACUCGUUCGUGCUCUUCCUGAAGCGGCUGGUGGCGCACCUCAAGAAGCGGCUGCAGACGGAGGAGGUCGAGGAGAGCUCGCGCCUCGCGCUCCCGGCCACGCCGCCGCCUGCCCCUCGGCGCACCGCCCGGCUGCUCCGCGCGAGUAGGACAUCGAGCCAAAGCCGCUCAACACUCUCUCUGCAGGUGACGGACGUCUCCGACUUCAACCCGCUGCUGCUCGUCGGCGACUUCGCCACGCUGCUCGCCACGUACAGGCAGGGCUUCUGCAUCAUCAUCGAGCCGUACGACGAGCGCUCGCCCGCCCUCCCCGACCCGCUCUUCCAGUUCUGCUGCAACGACGCCUCGAUCGCGAUGAAGCCGGUCUUCGAGCGCUUCCAGUCCGUCCUAAGCGGGGCGCUUUCAUUACUAACCAAUGACUCGUUGGUAACAACAGGCACCCUGUCGCCCAUCGACAUGUACCCCAAGAUUCUCGGCUUCGAGCCGCGCGCCGUCCACUCCUUCGCCAUGUCCUUCUCGCGCGACAUCAUCCUCCCGCUCGUCGUGACGCGCGGCGCCGACCAGGCGCCGCUCUCGUCCAAGUUUGACCUGCGCUCCGAGCCCACCACCGUGCGCAACUACGGCAAGCUGCUCCUCGACAUCGCCGCCACCGUGCCCGACGGCGUGGUCGCCUUCUUCACCUCGUACUCGUACAUGCAGCAGGUCGUGCGCGAGUGGCACGCGCUCGGCAUCCUCAAGCGGGUGCUCGAGCACAAGCUCGUCUUCAUCGAGACGACCGACGUGCUCGAGACCACCAUGGCGCUCGAGAACUUCAAGCGCGCGUGCGACUGCGGCCGCGGCGCCGUCUUCCUCUCGAUCGCGCGCGGCAAGGUUGCGGAGGGCGUCGACUUUGACCGCCACUACGGGCGCGCCGUCCUGCUGCUCGGCGUGCCCUUCCAGUACACGCUCGGCCGGGUGCUGCGCGCGCGGCUCGAGUUCUUGCGAGACACGUGCGCCAUCGACGAGGCGGACUUCCUCACCUUCGACGCCAUCCGGCAGGCGGCGCAGUGCGCCGGCCGCGUCAUCCGCGGAAAGACGGACUACGGCAUCGUCGUCUUUGCGGACAAGCGGUACAACCGCGCCGACAAGCGCGACAAGCUGCCGGGCUGGAUCCGCCAGUUCAUCACCGACGGCUCGCUCGACCCGCUCCUCCGGCCUCGCCUGCGCUCGCUCAACCUCUCCUCCGACCUCGCGAUGCACCGCGCGAGGCAGUUCCUGCGAAAGAUGGCGCAGCCAGCCACCACGGCGCGCAGCGUCCCCUCCCCUCGGCCGCGAGAGACCUGGGGAGGCCCCGACGCGCCCCGCGCCAUCACUUGCGCACAGGCGGAGACGGUCUCGCUCGACUUUGAGCAGUUGCGGCGGUCGAACGCGUACGUCGCCUCCGCCGCGACCGCCACCGCCGCCAUCACGUCGCACCCGCUGCAGGCCACCGGCCAACAGCUGCCCGACCAGCCCGCCGACCAGCCGGAGCGAUUCGCAGUGGAGAUGGAUGAGGCGGAGGCGAUGGAGAUAGCCGUGUGA